CUACCCCCUAUCACCCCCUCUGUCUCCAUCACCUGUUUUUCUGUCUAUCACUUUGUCUCAGUCCGUCCGUUAGCUUAUCUAUUUCUUUCCCUCUCUGUCGAAGCAUGCAAUUCAAACCACGUGGAACACAACGGAUCCUGUUAUUAUUUCUCGACCAGUGUGGCCAACAACUCCGACGCAAACCAAUCGUGUCAUGACAUCGGCCUCUACUUGGUUGCCAUAGAAACUCCUGAGGAACAGGACUUUGUAGUGGACAAUCUACUGAACCCCGACGUAAACCACUGGAUAGGGUUAACUGCUGAUGGUAACGGAAACCAAGUGUGGUCGGACGGUACAAAUGUGACAUAUAGUAACUAUGGCAUGGAUGAAGUACAUGUAUUUGAUGAUGGAGGCCUUUGUUUCAGAAUACGACCAUCAAAGAACUACACUUGGUAUGACCAGAUCUGCUCAAACCUAUAUCGUUACAUCUGCGAAAGGAAAACCAUGUGCCCAGAUACGUCUGCAGAGACCCCUACUUGCACGCUUUAUACAGGAACAACGUCGAUAGACCCGAUCUCAAUUCUUUCAUCUGAUGCAACUCAGACGAUCCAAAAUAUGGACACAUCUGCAUCCUUACAUGCCAAUACGGGUGCUUCUUCUGCGACUCCAGCCAGUAUGUCAACAUUCGCGCCAUUGGAGACGGCUGAUGGUUUUAUCUAUGAUACAAACAACACAACCAUGGCGACACCUCCAUUGUCCUCCUCACCACCAUCAACUGCACCACGAUCAUCUUUAUCUUGGACCACAGAAGGUCGUUUUACCUCUAAAUCUUACCAACCAACAAGCAAGUUGACAGUCACACCUACUACACAUUUCGCAACCUCUUAUCAUGGCAAACGUGAAUACGCGAGAAGCACAAAUUUCAGACUACUAGCCAGCAAUUCAACGAUCAUCGCUGACUACGUUCAUUCAUCAUAUUCUGUAUCAUCACACAUCGGAUGUGCCCAACGAUGCCUCGCAAACGUCAUGUGCACGGCUUUUGCAUUUAUUCCAACUGAAAGAUUAUGCUUGCUAGGUGAAAUGCAUGGGACAUCAUCACGCUUCGAGAGACACCGUGGGGCUACGACUUAUUUGAUGGUUUCUGUCUAAGGAUGAAAAUAUAAUACACUGCAAGUCUAGAUAUUUGCAUUUUAGUGCUGUAUAUCAAGUAUGGUUCAAUUAUUUUCAUAGCUAGCUUCUACCUCAGUGUCAUUACCAUCAUCAAAAUAAUCAUCGUUAUCAAACCCAUUCUCAUUGUCAUCAUCAUCAUCAACAUCAGUAAUCACCAUCAAUAAUACCAUAAACAUAAUUAUGCUAUCAUUCACAUUAAUGCCAUCACUAAUUUUACAUCAAAACUUCGCUCAUGUCACUUUGAAUCAAAUAGCUACUACAGUCACUCUCUGACAAUAAUCACUAUUACAUCCAGUAAAAAAAAAAAAAGCUCAGGAGUGUUUGUUAGAUUUUCACAUUUAAUGAAGUAGAAUUUGCACACUUUAUCAAAUUUAUUGCAAUCACGUCACCACUGACUUCAGUGUUAUUUGGACUUAAUGGUGAGAGAUCAUAAUUACAACUUCAUUGAUGAAAAAACAUUAUUAAUUAUACAGACAAAGUCACUUGAAGUGUUUCAAUCAAUUUGAUGGAAUAAGUAUGAUGAAGAAUUGGACCAUUCUUAGAAUAGACUACCAAAUAAGGAAACAAGUCUAUUGCAGAAAAAAUGAAGAAAACAUACAAACAAUAUCAUAAAAUUAAACAUAACCAAAACAAAACAUGAAGAAAAGAUUUAAACCUAUGAAUUUCAACUCAUAGCUGAAGAAAAUACACUGUGUAUAGUUGUAUAAUAAUGUAGUAUAUGACUUGCAUUGUAAUUGCUUAACCCUAACACUCUUUGGGUAUUUGAUCCUUGUCAAUACCGGGGGGUGGGGGUGGGGGGAGGGGAUGGUUCCCCCUAAGAUCUGCGAUUAAAUGCAACAAAAAUUUGCACCAUGAUAGAGAAUGUAAUCUACACACUUGCAUAGGUAAAUAUCUCUGAAUUUAUAUAUUCCAUUGUAGAUUUAUUACACAGUAUUUUAUGCUUAUGUAUUCAUAUAAUCAUACAUUUUUGUUCUAAUGGACUAAAUAAAAUUCCUAGAAUGUUAAUUUUUGGAGUAAACGUUCUUUAUAGCAUUCCUAACAAUUUUAAUCUUAAAAUUUCUGGUAUUUAAAUCAAUUCUUGUUUUUUUUAACUUACUUAUAUAUUUUUCUUUUUUAACUUUUUAUUCUUAUUGUUUUUUUUUUUUUGGGGGGGGGGGGCAAAACUUGAAUGACUGUUGUCAAUAAAGGCAAAACUAAUCACUCAUUUUUGAAUUUUUAGCUGAAAACACAAAUUUGGGUUUGACAUGCACUUACAUAAUGAUGUCAUUUCAUAACUGCAUACCUGUGCAUCACAAAUUUGGUCUAAAAAGUGAGUGAGUGGCACAAUCAGUUUUUUUUUGUAUGUGUGGAAGAUUUAUAAUGAAAAAAAUGAGGGGGGGGGGGGUAUUAGUGUUAAAUGGCCACACACAAGGGAGUAAAAGAGUACCCCCACUCUAUUCUUCAAAGUAAAUUUGAAAUUUUUUACAAAAUUCUAUCCAAACUGUGAACGAGGUUCUUUAAUUCGAAUUUAAAAUUGCAAAAACCCCUGCAGAAUUAGCUGGGUUGUUUCAUCAAACUCUUACCUCAUGUAUUGAAAACAAUUACAUAUUAUUAUUAUUCUUUCCAAGAAAUAAAAAUCAUGCAUAUGACCUUAAAUAUUUCUGCACAUUAGUAUUGUUGAGUAAUACAUGUUCAAUCCGCUUUUGUUUCCCUUUUAGAACUAUUUCUGUCUGUUUGGUAUGUUCAUACUGUAAAGAUUAACUAAAACAGCAAUUAUAGGAUAUGCAUUGUUACAUUCAAGCCAAGUUUGAUACCUACUGAUACAGCUUAUUGAAAGCCAUUUCAUUUUAUAUCUAGAGCAUUGUAACAUAAGCAUUAUCAUUAUCAUUAUUAUUAUUAUCAUUAUUAUAUUUGUAUUUUAUCUUUGCACUCCUGCCAUAAAAGCUUUUUUUUUAAAGGCUUCAUACAGGUGUUCCAUUUUCCAUUUAUUUCUCUUACUUAUAAUCUUAAUUUGCUAUGCUUAUGUAUUUGAUUUGUUAUUUGUAUAUACAUGUGUAUUUUAACUGGACAUAUUUUGAUGUUUUCAAUGGAAAAGAAGAAAUGAAUUCAAUUGAAUUAGUUUGUAGGGCCGAAAUUUACAAAUUCAUCAUCACAAUAAAUCUUAGAAACCACGCCAUCAUCAAUAACUGAGCUUUCCACAUGCUCCAGCCCUUCCCCUUUCAUAUCACUAACAAAGUUCAAUUCCAUCUUAUUUUCCCAUUAAUUCUAUCUCUUUUCAUGCUCGUUUUAUUUAUGUUGUGGUCAAGAAAGAUCAUGAGAGGCUAAUGCAAAAGAAAUAGAGAGAUACGCAACCAAAUUACACACCAGCUACAACACUAAAUUAAAUAACACUACAGAAAGGAGGUUCACAAUGAAGGAAAACACAAUAACUAUUUAUCAUGAAAAGCAAAGCAAAAAAUCUUGUAGUGGAAUAUAUGGUGAAACAAAGCAUGGCUCUUGAACCAUAACGAGAUAUUGUGAUUCAUGUAAAAACAAAGUUCAAUAUGGUUCUCUCUGUUAUGCACUAAAGUAGGGACAAUAACAAUUAGAAUCCACCACUCAAUAUUGAAAAUUAGAUUAUCAAGUUAGUUUAGGAGAAUAGAUUU